CAUCAUCAUCAUCAUCAUCAUCAUUAUCAUCAUUCUGCGCCUUCUUCUUGAGUUACAAAUUGCCCAUCAUCAUCAUCGUCGUGAUCAUGAUCGUGAUCGUGAUCGUCAUCAUCAUCGUCAUGCUCACCACCUCCUUUGUUUUCCUUUUGUACCUUACCCAUUGCGACUGGUUUUCUGGCACUCUAACGAAACUGUUGUUGUCUCAGGGCGGCUCCUCGGGUGGGAGAAGAAAGGGAGAGGGGACGGAAUCAACGGCGAUGGAUGGAAGUGGGAUGAACCAUAAUGAGGAGGUGGCGGAGCGGAACUGCACAGAAAGCCCGCUUGUUCGUCAACAUGAAGAGCCUCAGAUAAUCGUUCGAGAUAAUGCACUGGGUCUAAGAGCUUCCAUUAAUCAGGUGGCUGGGCACCGUUUCCAAGAGGGAAGCGUAGGGUCCUUGGUUGAUGACUCAGGUAUCUUCUAUAAGCCAAUUCUUGAUGGCGCGAAGAAGGAAAGAGGCGAUUGCGAAGUUGCGUUCUACCAACAGUUGCAAACGAAAACAGGCACAGAUAUUCCUCCCGAAAUCCGGCGGUACGGUCUGUACGAGUUUGUGGUGAUGCCUUUUCGCCUGUGCAAUGCUCCUGGCACCUUUCAGCACGCUAUGAAUCGGAUAUUCCAUGACUACUUGGAUAAGUUUGUCAUUGUGUACCUUGAUGAUAUACUUAUCUUUAGUAAGACUGUCGAGGAGCAUGCAGCACAUUUAGACAAAGUCCUCAGUCUCUUGCGACAACACAAGUUCAAGAUCAACAGUGAAAAGUGUGAAUUUGGCCGCACCCGUGUCUUGUACUUGGGUCAUGAGAUCUCCGCGGAAGGGUUGAAGCCUGAUGACGCGAAGGUGGCCAGCAUUCGCGAUUGGCCACGACCUCAGUCCGUGACUGAGAUGAGAUCUUUCUUAGGAAUGACAGGCUACUACCGGACUUUUGUAAGAAACUAUAGCAUAGUGGCCGCUCCUUUGACUGAUCUGACCCGCCUUGACACCCCGUGGGAGUGGACAAAUGAGUGCGAGGCUGCUUUCAGACAUCUGAAGCAUGCAUUGACGCACUAUGAAGUCUUGAAGCUACCCGAUCUUGAUAAGCCAUUUAUAGUAACCACGGAUGCUAGCCAAUGUGGCAUUGGCGCCGUGCUUGCGCAGCAGGAGGGGCCAAAGUUGAGGCCAGUCGAGUACAUGUCAAAGAAGAUGCCGUCUCAGAAGUUGGCAAAGUCCACCUAUGAGAAGGAACUCUACGCCGUGUACAAGGCUCUAACCCAUUGGAGGCACUAUCUCCUCGGGAGGUUCUUCAUCCUUAGGACUGAUCAUCAGACCUUGAGAUGGAUGAGAACGAAGCCAGUACUUUCCGACGCCCUGAAGCGUUGGAUCGAGGUCAUUGAGCAGGAUGACUUCGACCCCCAGUAUUUAAAAGGGGAGUACAACAAGGUGGCUGAUGCCUUGUCGCGUAGACCUGAUUUCUCAGACAAGCCCCGUACUCAGGCUCCUCUUGGGCUGAUCAAGCCCCUUCUGAUUCCGGAGAGGUCGGGUGAGAGCCUGUCCAUGGACUUCAUGGAUACGCUAGUCACCAGCAAGAGUGGGAUGAGACAGAUCUUUGUCAUCGUGGAUAGGUUUAGUAAGUUUGCUAGGUUAGUAGCAAUGCCUGAGACAGCAAAGACUAAGUACGUGAUUAAGAUGUUCAAAGAAAACUGGGUGAGAGAUCUCGGAUUGCCCAAGUCUAUUGUGAGCGACCGAGAUGUCAGGUUUACAAGCGAGUUAUGGAAGGCCGCUGCAGCCGAACAGGGAACUCAACUGCAGAUGACUUCUGGGAAUCAUCCCGAAGCCAACGGCCAGGCCGAACAGAUGAACCGUGUUGUGCAACACCUGUUGAGGCAUUAUAUCAAGCCCAACCAGGUGGACUGGGACGAAAAGCUCGCACUUGUCGCCAGUCUGUACAAUAACGCUGUACACAGCGCUACAGGGGUGAGUCCUAACAGUCUACAACUAACGUUUAAGCCUAGACUGCCCUUAGACUUCCUACUUUCUGACAACCAGCCAACUGCCGCACCAGGCACUCUAGAGUUUGCCUACCGAUAUGAACAGAAGAUGCAGGAGGCUGUAGAGCACAUGCAGAAGGCGCAGGCAGCAAUGAUAGAAUCUGAGAAUAAACACCGCCGCCCUUCUACAUUUCAGGUUGGGGACAGAGUCUGGGUCAAGUCUUCAGAACUGGGACAGGAGUUCGGGAUAUCCCGCAAACUCAUGCCUCAGUACUUUGGACCUUGGGAAGUUUUAGACGUAGUUGGGACAGACCCUGAUGGUCCAUCAUAUGUCAUCUGUAUCCCUGGUCAUCUCAGAACUUACCCAGUCUUUCACGCCUCUAAGCUCGCUGCGUUCGAGGAAACUGAUCAGUUUCCCCCUCGUCGAUCAAUGCUGCCCCCAACCAUGGACGGAGAAGUCGACAUCGAUGAUAUCGUUGACCACAGGGAGAUGCCUGUUCAGAAGCCUCCAGGAAGGGAACGUCCUCCAAAGCCAAAGCUGCAGUUUCGUGUCCACUUCAGACAUCACACAGAUCCGAAGGAGGACCGCUGGUUUACUCGGGAGGAAUUGAUGCAGACCGCUCAAGUCGUUGCCCGCUAUGAGAAGGAUGUAUUGAAAGGAAAGCGCCAGAUGGCUCAGGAUUGAUCUUCUCAGAGGACUAACGAAGAUAUGGAGGAGGGAAUGCGAGGCUACGCCCGCUCAGCCCCUUCAGGGCCCUUUUUGCA